UCCAAUGGAUUCCUGAGAGGCAGGGACUGCGUGGGGCCGGCCCUGUACCCUGCAGGGCGCGCAGUGGGCAGGCGGGCAGGGCGGGCGUGUACGCACUCCGGGGAGGGGGCAGCCAAGAGAACCCGCACCCCCACUUUCUGCGGGUGUUUGUGCCCCGCGCACGCAGCGCCUAGCACUGCUGGGGCGGUCGCUGGUCCCCCAGGACGCAGCCCUUCCCGGAGCGGCAGCGCCGGCGUGCGGGGCUGGGGGCUGCGGGCGCGGUGCGCGGUCCUGGCCGGGGGCUCCGGGCGGCCGCGCCGCUGCAGGGACCUCCCGCCCUCUGGAAGCUGGUGCGCUCUUCCCUUCCCUCGGGCCAAGCGUAUGAGAAGAUGUCCUCAUUUUUAACAUGUCAUUUCUUUCCGCGAAACCAUUUUUGUGUAAGGGCUGGAGCUGAACGCGGUCCUUUCAGAGGAGGGCAGCACUUUCCCUCCUGGUGACUUCGGAGCUCAUCUCCAUCCGACGCGCAGCGGCGACUUGGGAAGCCGCGCGUUGGCAGCCACCGCGCGCGGUUCCCUCCUCCGAGGUGCUUUUCCAUUACAAGGAGAGAAGCCAAGGUAAUUUUCACGCAGAGGAAGAAUAAUGUAGCUCCCUUUUGGUACUGGCCAGGUCCCCCUUGUGCUGAGCUGCCGGUCAGGAAGACCGUGGUGAGAAUGAACAAGGAAACCAGAAGGUUUCUCUUACCUCUUCGCUUUCGCCUGCAAGAUCAGCCUUUCCAAGUAGGGAAGCUGUUCCAUGUAGUGGUGGACCCCCAGGGGCAGGCGCACCCCCAGGGGCAGGACACGUUCUAGAAGGAGAUGGAUGCAAGCAGCUCCAGGGGCCCCGAACGCACGCGUCCUGCGGUCUAGCCGGGAGCCCUGCGGCGCGUGCAUUCCGAGAUGCCACCGGUGCUGGACGCAUGGCCAAUUUCUGAAUGAGGAUGCUUCGCCGGGGGCUGCUCGCGUGGGUCUCCCGGCUGGUGAUUUUGCUGGUGCUGCUCUGCUGCGCCGUCUCUGUGCUCUACAUGUUGGCCUGCACGCCCAGGGGCGACGAGGAGCAGCCGGCUCUGCCCAGGGCCCACGGCCCCACGGGGAAGGAGGGGUACCAGGCCGCCCUGCAGGAGUGGGAGGAGCAGCACCGCGACUACGUGAGCAGCCUCCAGCGGCAGAUCGCGCAGCUCAAGGAGGAGCUGCAGGACAGGGGCCAGCAGCUCCGGACCGGGCGAGGCCCGGCCAGCGACCCUGCCGGCCUGCGGCUGGACCGCGGCCCCCCCGGGAAAAGCCCAGCGGACCUCCUGGCCUUCCUGCACGGGCAGGUGGACAGGGCCGAGGUGCACAGCGGGGUCAAGCUGGCUACUGAGUAUGCCGCGGUGCCUUUCGACAGCUUCACCCUGCAGAAGGUGUACCAGCUAGAGACCGGGCUGACCCGCCACCCCGAGGAGAAGCCGGCUAGGAGGGACAGGCGGGACGAGUUGGUGGAAGCCAUCGAGUCGGCCCUGGAGACCCUGAACAGCCCCGCUGAGGGUGGCCCCAACCCGCGUCCCUACACGGCCUCGGACUUCAUAGAAGGGAUCUACAGAACAGAAAGGGAUAAGGGCACUUUGUAUGAGCUCACCUUCAAAGGAGACCGCAAACACGAAUUCAAACGACUGGUCUUGUUUCGACCGUUUGGCCCUAUCAUGAAAGUGAAAAAAGAAAAACUCAACAUGGCCCACACGCUUAUCAACGUGAUCGUGCCACUAGCAAAAAGGGUGGACAAGUUCCGGCAGUUCAUGCAGAAUUUCAGGGAGAUGUGCAUCCAGCAGGAUGGGAGGGUUCAUCUCACCGUUGUUUACUUUGGGAAAGAAGAAAUGAAUGAAGUCAAAGGAAUACUUGAAAACACUUCCAAAGCUGCCAACUUUAGGAACUUCACCUUCAUCCCGCUAAAUGGAGAAUUUUCUCGGGGAAAGGGACUUGAUGUUGGAGCCCGCUCCUGGAAGGGAAGCAACGUCCUUCUCUUUUUCUGCGACGUCGACAUCUACUUUACCUCUGAGUUCCUCAACACAUGUAGGCUGAACACACAGCCAGGGAAGAAGGUGUUUUAUCCGGUCCUUUUCAGUCAGUACAAUCCCGGCAUAAUAUAUGGCCAUCACGAGGCGGUCCCUCCCUUGGAACAGCAGCUGGUCAUAAAGAAAGAAACUGGAUUUUGGAGAGACUUUGGAUUUGGGAUGACAUGUCAAUAUCGGUCAGACUUCAUCAACAUAGGUGGGUUUGAUCUGGACAUCAAAGGCUGGGGCGGAGAGGACGUCCACCUUUACCGCAAGUAUCUCCACAGCAACCUCAUAGUGGUGCGGACACCCGUGCGGGGCCUCUUCCACCUCUGGCACGAGAAGCGAUGUAUGGACGAGCUGACCCCCGAGCAGUACAAGAUGUGCAUGCAGUCCAAGGCCAUGAACGAGGCGUCCCACGGGCAGCUGGGGAUGCUGGUCUUCAGGCACGAGAUAGAGGCUCACCUUCGCAAACAGAAACAGAAGAAUAGCAAAAAGACAUGAACUCCCAGGGACAGAUUCGGCGAGAUAUUCAUCCCUCUUUUUUUCCUUCUGCAAUUACUGAAGGAGUGUCUGCAACAAGGAAAAAGACUUCCAAAAAGGGCGAAAAAAGAAUUUGACUGUAAAAGAGAUGAGAGAAUCUCCGAUUUCUCUCCUCUUGGCUUUAUGCAACAGAAAUCAAAUCUCCACUUUGCCUGCAAAAGUGGCCCAGUUGCACCCCGUGAAGGGUCUGACAAAGGCAGAAUGCUUGUGAGAUUAUAAAUCGAAAGAUGUGGAGGCAUUGAUCGUGUUUACAACAAAAUGAGACCUAUUGUUUUCUGUGCACAUUGAAAUAUUCAUGAACGAAGACCAGUUUUGCAAAAAGUUCAUCAGAGUGAAAGGCAAGUAGGUGGCUCCACAUGAAUGGGCAUCUCAGUAGGGCUCUGGUUUCUUGAAAUGCUAAGAUACCAGAAAGCAAAAGAGGAGACACAUUUAUCACCAUGUUUUGGUCAUACCCAAAAGAUGGGUCAUUUUUCUCCCAAGAUCACUGAAAAAUAAUCUGCUCAUCUUUUUGGUUCUUUUAACCAUCUGCAGUUUAUUUAAUUUAAAGGUGCACUUUUCUUUUCUUUUUUUUUUUUUUGCUUGUGAGUUAUAUUCUGCUUAUUUAAUUCCCAAUUGCCAAGCCUGACAAGAGAGCACAAGUCAGCCUAUGUUUUUAUAUUUUUUAAGGAGAUACUUUUUAGAUGCAUUAUGAUUAUUACAAAUCCAAGGACAUGACCAGUGCUGACCCUGCCAGGCCCUGAAUGUCGGAAGGCAAAGUUUGGAACUGCAAAUAGACACGUGUGGAUACUUUAUCUGAAAACUAUUGCUAAAGAGGAGCAACUGAACACUGGAGGAAAAGAAAAAGACCCUUUUGACUUUAACAGAAAAGGAAACUCACUUUAGAUUGGUGAUAUCGUGAUGUAUUCAAAAGUCAGAAAUUACAUUUUCUGGGGACCACUUCCUUGCCUGUUCUAAUAAACCAAAGUGUACUGUGUGAACCAGACGAUCUCUUUUCAAAGCAGGGUGCUCUUUCUGGCUUCUGGCCUCUCACAGAAGAAAUGCAGAAAGAUUAUAUUUUAUGAAACAUCAAUUCCUCUGCCGGGGUCUAGUGAGAUGGAAGUUUUUGCUAUAUGUUCAUCCACCCCAGACUAGGUGGAAAUAACUUAAUUAUUUUUUAAAUUAAGCCGUUCUACUCAAUCACCAAGAUGCUUCUGAUAAUUGCAUUUUAUUACAAAUGGUUUUCUAAAAAAAUAAAUAUAGUUAACAUUGAGUGGUUUCUACAUUCAUCUGAAAAUUAUUUAUUUAUUAGCCAGCACCAGAUGCAUGAGCUAAUUCCCUCUCGGAUUCCUUGCCUUCUGUUUGCCCACAGAAAACCUAUUGUUUAAAAGCUUCAAGAACAUUCAAGCUGUUGGUGUAUUAAAAAAUGCAUUUGCAUUGUAUUGAUUUGUACCGGUAGUUCAUAAAACUUGAUUAAAACGCAGGCCAUGAAUGGAACAUGGCAUCAUGCAGCUAAUAAAAUGAUUUGUGGA